AGCCAGAAAGAAACAAUCAGAAAGCUGAGAUGAAAAGUGAGUUGGGAUAGGAGCUGGGACUGCUCUGUAUUAGAUGGGCAAGGAAGGCCUAGCUGAACUAGUGUAAACCAAACCCUGAAGAAGGAAGAAUACACCAGGCAGAGGUAACAGGUGCAAAAGCCCUGAAUCAAAAUCUGCUUUGGGAUAUGUGAGGAAGCCAAGGGAAGCCCAUGGGACUGGAACAUAGAGGGCAAGGGGGAGCGGGGCAAGAAACAAAGUCGGGAGGUAGGACAGGAGGCAAAAGCCUGAUUCUGCAGAGCUAUGGAUAAGCUGCUUUGGACAUCCGAAAUCUCUCUGACAUCUAUUCAUCACUCAGUGGUGUCCGACUCUUUCGUGACCCCAUGCACUGUAGCCCACCAGGCUGCUCUGUCGGGGGAAUUCUCCAGGCAAGAAUACUGGAGCCAUUUUCUUCUCCAGGGGAUCUUUCUGACCCAAGGAUUGAACCUGGGUCUCCUGCACUUCAGGCAGAUUCCUUACCAUCUGAGCUACCAUAGUAUUCAAUGUUUUGAGGGCCAGAGGCAGCCAGAUCCACUGUCAAGUGAGGAAGGAAUGUCUCAUGUACAAUUUUUUUUUUCUAGCCACGCUGCAUGUGGGAUGUUAAUUCCCCAACCAGUUAUCAAAUCCACACUCCUUGCAUUGGAAUCGUGAUGUCUUAAUCACUGAACUAUCGAAGUCCCUCAUGUACACCUUUAAAAAACUCCUGGUGGGAAUUCCCUGGAGGUCCAGUGUUUAGGAUUCCAAGCUCUUAAACUGCCAAGGGCUGGGGUUCGAUCCCUGAUCAAGGAAAUAAGAUCCCACAUGCUGUAAGGCAGAGGAAAGCUCAGGAAGGUCAAGGGUGGAACCAUUUCCACCAGUAACAGUAACAUGAGAGGUGAUGGCAGGCCCGGACUAGGAAGGAGAGAAGUUGUGAGCCCUGCGCAGUAUUUUGGGGAUAGAGCCAACGAGGUGGAGCUGGACGCCAGAAAUGCUGGAGCGAGGAGGCCACAGAGAGGAGCAUCAAAUGUGGGCGGAAAGGGAGCCGCUACUGGAAGAGCUGGUGGGGGGCGAGCCGACUUGACAUCCAUCUGAGGAGGGAGCCUAAGCUGCAGGAGUCUGGAAUCCUCGAGCUGCAGCCGUUUGUGAGGGAGAAAGCUCUAGGAGUCCAAAAAGAGUUGCUGCCCGCAGCCUGACUGGCAAGCAAGACGCUGGCGGGUGGGGACCCUGCAGGGGCGGGGCCCAGGUAGCACUGCGCAGGCGCCGAGCUUACCGUUUCCAUGGCGGCGAGGACUCACGCGCAGCAACCGCUCCGCAACCGUAGGGUCCCAGACUUCGGCCCCGCGGGAGACCGUGGUCCCCGAGCGUGUCAGCAUCGCCACCCCAGAGCCAGCUGCUGCCCGUGGAGAGCCAGACCCCACCUUCACGCUCUCGGUCCGUUGCGGAGACAUGGGCGACCUGGAGCUGCUGCUGCCGGGCGAGGCUGAUGUGCUAGUACGGGGACUGCGCAGCUUCCAGCUGCGCGAUAUGGGCUCCAGAGGGUGGAACCAGCAGCAUGAGAACCUGGAGAAACUGAACAUGCAGGCCAUCCUCGAUGCCACGGCCAGCCAGGGAGAGCCCAUCCAGGAGCUGCUGGUCACCCAUGGGAAGAUCCCGACGCUGGUGGAAGAGCUGAUUGCAGUGGAGAUGUGGAAGCAGAAGGUGUUCCCUGUGCUGUGCAAGCUGGAGGACUUCAAGCCCCAGAACACGUUUCCCAUCUACAUGGUGUUACACCACGAGGCCUCCAUCAUCAACCUCCUGGAGACAGUGUUCUUCCACAAGGAGGUGUGCGAGUCAGCAGAGGACACUGUCUUGGACCUGGUGGACUACUGCCACCGCAAACUGACUCUCCUGGUGGCCCAGAGUGGCCGUGGUGCCCCUCCUGAGGAGGAAUCCCAGUACAGCAGCCCCAUGCAGGAGCUGCAGAAGCAGGCAGAGCUGAUGGAAUUUGAGAUUGCGCUGAAGGCCCUCUCAGUGCUUCGCUACAUCACAGACUGUGUGGACAGCCUUUCCCUGAGCACCUUGAGCCGCAUGCUCAGCACUCACAACCUGCCCUGUCUCCUGGUGGAAUUACUGGAGCACAGUCCCUGGAGCCGACGGGAAGGAGGCAAGCUGCAGCAAUUUGAGAGCGGCCGUUGGCAGACAGUGACCCCCUCGGAGCAGCAAAAACUGAGCAAGUUGGAUGGGCAGGUGUGGAUCGCCCUAUACAACCUGCUGUUAAGCCCUGAGGCCCGGGCCCGUUACUGCCUCACAAGCUUUGCCAAAGGACAGCUACUAAAGCUCCGGGCCUUCCUCACAGACACACUGCUCGACCAGCUGCCCAACCUGGCAGACCUGCAGGGUUUCCUCGCUCACCUGGCCCUGACUGAAGCCCAGCCCCCUAAGAAGGACCUGGUGUUGGAACAGAUCCCAGAAAUCUGGGAGCGGCUAGAGCGAGAGAACAAAGGCAAGUGGCAGGCUAUCGCCAAGCAUCAGCUGCGGCAUGUAUUCAGCCCCUCAGAGCAGGACCUGAGGCUGCAGGCUCGAAGGUGGGCUGAGACCUACAGACUGGAUGUGCUCGAGGCAGUGGCUCCAGAGCGGCCCCGCUGCGCCUACUGCAGUGCAGAGGCCUCCAAGCGUUGCUCCCGGUGCCAGAAUGAGUGGUAUUGCUGCAGGGAGUGCCAAGUCAAGCACUGGGAGAAGCAUGGAAAGGCUUGUGUCCUGGCAGCCCAGGGGGACAGAGCCAAGUGAAGGCUGCAGCUGCUGAGGGCCAACCACCCAUGCCUACAACCCACUCGAGUGUCCCCGCCAAAACCUCUGGAUCUCAAUCUGGCCUCUGCAAGUGCCCCAGCCUCCCGGGUGGUGAGGAUAGUAGGCGGGAAGAGCUGUUGACCCAUCUACCCCCCAGCUAAGCGUUCCCCACUUCCUGCUCUAUCAGGCGGGAAGGCUUAGGGUGCAGCCUCCCCAAGCUGGGGCAGGAGGCCUGGGCGGGGGG